UCCAGCUGUAACUUCAUCUUUCUUUCAUCUGCUCUACGGACAACACUCCACUCUUCAUCAUUAUUUUCGACUUCCCAGUUCACCAUCUUUGUGUUUGGUUCUGUUUUUGGAUCAGCGACUUCAGCAGAGAGACACAGUGAGAGAUCAUCAGAUCUGUAAUUCCAGUAUUUCCUUCCUUACUCUAUCUCUGUCUCCAGCUUCAAGAAGAGAGAUCGCAAGGAAAUAUCAUUUGUUAUUUCCCUUUUGUAAUGUAUCAGGAAAUAUCAUUUGUUGAAAUGACAGAGGUAGUUAUCGCAGUUGCUGCCAAAGUCUCAGAAUAUUUGGUGGGUCCUGCUAUUCAUCUUGGAUAUUACUUGUUUUGUGUUGGCAAACUCACCAGAAAGCUUAAGAAAGAGAAGGAGAAGCUGAUAUCAAGAAAAGAUGAUGUGACUCGGCGUGCAGAGGAAGCAGAGAAGAGAACUGAGAAGAUUGAACCUGCAGUGGAGAAGUGGUUGCAAGAAGUACAAAGUUUGCUACAAGAUGUGGAGAAUGAUCUGAAGAAAUUAAAGAGAGCCAAUGGUCACUUCUGUGAAUUUUGUCCAAGUUGGAGAAGAUAUAGAUUGAGCAAGCAAUUAGAGAAGAAGAUACAAAGAAUGAUUGAGCUCAACAACAACAGCACAUUUGAGAAAUUUUCUCGUCUUGCUUCCCUUCCAACAAAUAUUACCUCCACAACAGAUAUUAUGUUCUUUGAAUCCAAUCAAUGGGCUUUUGAUAAACUUUUGGAGGCAUUGAAGGACGACAACUGUCACAUAAUAUGCUUAGAUGGGAUGGGGGGAUGUGGCAAAACAACCCUUGCAAAAGAAGUCGGCAAAAGAGCUCUAGAAUUUAAACUCUUUGAUAAAGUUGUUUUCACUGUUGUGUCCCAAACCAUUACUGUUGGCAAGGUGCAAGAUGACAUUGCUGAUGUAUUGGGUUUGAGUCCUUGGCAAGAAGCAAGUAAGGAUGGGAGGGCAAAACGAUUAUCAUUGGGAUUCCAAAAUGGGGGCAGAAUUCUUGUUAUAUUGGAUGAUGUUUGGAGAGAGUUGAAUCUUGAAGACUUUGGUAUCCCUUCAGAUGGCAACCUUAAAGGUUGCAAAAUCCUUUUAACUACACGUGUCCGUGAUCUUUGUUCUUUGAUGAAUGGUCAAAAGAAUGUUUCACUGGAUCUCUUAUCACCACAAGAAGCAUGGGUUUUCCUUCAAAAGAAAGCAGGUAUAGCUGAGGACUCUUCAUUAAAUAGUGUGGCGCAAGAGGUUGCUGCUGAAUGCGGAGGACUGCCCAUAGCAAUUCAAGCUAUCGCAACAACUUUGAAAGCAAAGCCUCUUGAUAGUUGGAAAGAUGCUUUAUAUAAACUAAAGCACUCCGAACCUAUUGAAGUUCAUUUGGAUGACAAAGAUGCUUUUAAAUGCAUUCAAUAUAGUUAUGAUGUUUUGAGGAGUGAAAAAGCACGUCGUCUUUUCUUGAUGUGUUGUAUUUUUCCAGAAGAUCAUGAGAUCAAAAGAGAAGACCUUUUCUUAUAUGGAGUGGGGUUGGGCUUGUUCGGGGAAAAUGGUUCAUUUGAUGAUUUAAGGAGCAGAGUGAAUGCAACUUUAGAUCAUCUCCUUGAUUAUUCUUUGUUGAUGAAUUCUGAUAUAGGAGAUGGUUGCUUCAAAAUCCAUGAUGUUGUACUUGAUUUUGCUAAAUGGAAGGCAUCCCAAGAGGAUUGGUUUGUCAUUGUUGAUCAUGAGAAGGGGAUAAAUUCCUUGGCAUUGGAUGGGACUGCAAAAACCUGUUCUGCAAUAUCUACAUGGGACAUUGAAGAGGAUCAAUUUCCUCAACAAUUUGACUACCCAAAGCUUGAGAUUCUAUUGCUCAAUUCAACUAAUUCCUUGGAUUUGUCUCAAGCAUCAUUUGAAGGCAUCAAAGGAGUCAAAGUUAUGGCCUUGAUUAAACAAUUUUAUCAUGUGACGCCUUUGUCAUUGCCACAAUCAACCAACUGGUUGACUAAUCUUCAAACCUUACGUUUGGUGGGAUAUGAUUUAGGUGACAUCUCAUUUGUGAUUCAUUUAAAAAGACUUGUGAUUCUUGAUUUGCAUUGGAGUACUUUCAAGUCAUUGCCAGAAGGAAUAGAAGAAUUGAAAAAAUUGAAGAUGCUAGAUCUAAGGGAGUGCUCCAUUAUUGAAAAUUUUGAUGAAGUGAUUGGAAGGUGCUCGCAACUUGAAGAAUUAUAUGUGUGUGGAGAUAGAGCAUUUGUUGGAAAAAAUGUUGAUUCUCAAGCAUCCCUUUUGGAGGGCGCUUCUUUUCAAAAAUUGUGUAGGUAUGAAUUACAAAUGGGGAAUAUAGAAGAUGAUUCCAAUUUCCGAGUAGAAAGAUAUCGAUCAUGUCUAUACUUUGGAGAGUUAUAUACAUCCAACAUAAGUACAAGUGUCAAGAAUUUGAUAGCGAAAGCCGAAGGCAUUCAUUUGCAAAACCUUCAUGGAGGCUGCAAAAGUAUCUUCCCAGAAUUUGUUGAAGUUGUGGGAAUCAUGACUAGUCUGAUUGAAUUGGUUCUUUUUGAUUGUCACGAGAUCGAGUUCUUCAUUUGUUUAACUCCAACCCAAGUUUCUCGUUUCCAUUUUGAUAGGGUGUUCUCGAUGUUGGUCAAGUUGAGACUAUACAAUAUGAACAAUCUCAAACAUGUGUGUUGUGGUUCUCUUCCGCCGAACAUUUUUCAAAAAUUGGAACAAGUGGAUAUAUGGGAAUGCCUUCAUUUGAUCAGUAUAUUUCCUGAGGAGUGCAAUCUUCAGAACUUGCGGGAACUUGACAUCCAGGGAUGUCCAAUGUUGACAUCACUCUUUUCAAUGUCAGUUGCUCAAUCUCUAUCCCAAUUAGAAGAAAUAACAAUAAAAAGAUGUUCAAACUUGAGGCAUAUAAUAAUGAAUGAUGAACAUAAUGCCACGGAUGGAAGGCAAGAAAUAUUUCAAGCAUCAGAAUGUUUGAAUUCCAUGUUCCCCAAAUUGAUGAGCUUGACUGUAGAAGGUUGUGACAAUCUGGAAUAUGUGCUUCCAAUUUAUUGUGCUCAAGGCCUCUCGCAACUGCAAAGGAUAAACAUUGCAAAUGCUUCUCUGAUGAAGUAUGUAUUUGGCAGGCAUGUUACUGGGGGUCUUUCAACCAAUCAGAAUGAGAUACAAAUUGUGCUUCCACAACUACAAAAGAUGGUUCUUGAGCACCUCAUGAGUCUCGUCAGCAUCUGUCCAGAAAAUUAUUUUCCAAAUUUGUCAUCCUUAAAGGAAAUUACAUGGACGAAUUGUCCCAAGUUGGCAAAUAUGGGAUUACUUGGAGUUAUAAUGAAUGUGAAAUGAGUAAUGAAGUGCUUCGCACUAGAAAUUGUGAAGUAAUAGUUUAUUCCAUCAUGAGGGUGAUAAUGAUCUUCAAGCAGAGCCACCAGCCUUGAAAUUAGAGAGAAAGUUGAUUUGGAAUAUUUUCCAAUCCAAAGUAUCAUAGAGAGAGUGUGAUCAAUUCCCCAAGUUCUAAGCCUUAGUUAUCUUGAAACCAUAAGAUUGAGUCAGUGUCAAAAGUUGAAAUGCGUCUUCCCUGCAUUCAUUCAUACAAGCUUUCCAUAUUGGCUUGGCUUUCAAUAACUGAAUGUGAGGAGUUGGGAGAGAUUUUUCAAAGAAUGAAGAGCUUCAAAAACCAUACAUGGUUCAAGAGUGUUUUCCAAAACUUAAGAGACAUAACUCUGGCUAGAUGUGGAAAGCUGAAAUGUGUCAUUCCCACGAUGAUUCACAGAAACUUUCCAAAUCUGAUAAAACUUUCCAUAAAAAAAUGUGAGAAUUUGGAGGAGAUUUUUGCAGAGAAUGGAGAGCUUCAAAAUCCAAUGAGGUUUCAAGAGUGUUUUCAAAAGCUUAUGGAGUUAGGUGUCCAUGAAUGCCCAAAGCUAAAAUGUAUAUUUCCUGUAAGAAUGGCCAAAUAUUUCCCAGAAUUACGUUUUC